UUCCGUAGCACAGGUUCUAUAUUUAUUGUCCAGUUGCUUGGCCGAUGUAUGUGACAUUCAGAGAUAAAUACUGCACUGUGUAUCGCGCUUCCUCAUCAGAAACUACAGAUAUCUGAGAGAACUUGAAUUCUCCAUUGACAGAAACCAUCCCUUACUGUAUCUAGCAGGUGAACCAGUCCUACGAUGGCCGACCAAGAAGAGAUUGAGGAGAUUGAGGAGACUGAAGAGACUGUGCAGGAGGAGACGGAUGCUGACCCCGAACCCCCCAAACCAUCCCCCCCGAAGCAGGCAAAUCCCGUCCCGACUACCAAGGCUGUCCCUCAUGCUAAGCCGAAGUCAAAGAUUUCAGCAUCCCGCAAGCUUUCUCUUAAGAUCUUGCUGCUGACCCGAGCGAAAGAGGCUCUGGACAAGGAGAAGCUGGACCGAGACGAGGAGAAGGUCCGGUACCUGGCAGAGCGAGUGCCACCCCUGCAGCUCGCAGGACUCACUCUGGAGCAGCUGCAGAAGCUUUGCACCGAGCUUCACGCGAAGACUGAAGUUGUGGACGAAGAGCGCUACGACAUUGAAUGUAAAGUCGGCAAGAAUGCUCGCGAGAUCCAUGAUCUGAAUUUGAAGAUCCUGGACAUGCGAGGCAAGUUCAAGAGGCCCAACCUGCGACGAGUGCGCAUCUCAGCUGACGCCAUCCUGCGCUCGCUGCUGGGCUCCAAGCACAAGGUGUCUCUGGACCUGAGAGCCAACCUCAAGUCAGUGAAGAAGGAGGACACAGAGAAGGUGCUCACCUCAGAGGUGCAGGACUGGCGUAAGAACGUGGAGGCUAUGUCUGGCAUGGAGGGCAGAAAGAAGAUGUUCGACGCUGCGGGCCCUGGCCAGUAAUCUGUGUGAGAUACAUGAACUGUUCCGGUUGCAUCUCCAUGCCUCCGUUUGCCUCCAUUUCUGUAACUAGAGUCCUCUGUGCUUGAACUGUGCAGAACGAAGCACCGCUUCACAUACUGACAGCAUCCUAAGUGCAAGCUUGUGUGUGUGUGUGUGUGUGUGUGUGUGUGUGUGUGUGUGUGCGUGUAAGUGUAUGUGAGUGUGUGAGCGCCAUCCUGUGGACUGACAACAACACACGCGCAACUGGUAAAUCAAUGCUUUAAAAUCCUUUGUUUGUUUUUUUUUUGUUGUUGUUUUUUUUACCAGCAUUAGGAACAAUA